UGACUCUAGUAGGCUAGUCGAAAGACAUUUGUUUUCAUUUAUUUAUUGUUUUGAAUUUAGGCUGUCAGCUAAAACCGACUCGUCUCAGUUUCAAUUCGUUGAAUUCAACCAUCACAAAAAUAGUGGUACACAAAGCUUGAGUUAGGAAAACAGUCCUCGCUUGUCCAAUAAUCCCAACCAAACCAUCUGAUUUUCGAAGGAUAACCCACGAAGCAAAGCUCUGCAAGAAACGAAACCACGACUUUCAUGGAAAUCUCCCAAACCAAACCCUCUUGUACUUGAAAUAUUCGUCAAGUAACGAAUGAGAACCUUGUUUUUUCAUUUGCUUCUCCAUCGUUGACAUUCACAUCUUGUUUCUUCAACCGGGUUUUCCUUUAAUCUUCACCCUUCUUGCGUUACAUUGACCUUUCUUUCCCUCUUUACAUUGACGAUUUUUGUAGCGGGAGAAGAUCUGCUAUUUUUAUAGCUCUUUUAAAUAUCCUGCAAUGAAGUGUUUUCACUAUUUCAAGGACAAGUCUAGAAGCAAGGGGCAAAGAUCAGCCCCAGAGUUGAAACAAGAAAGAAAAUCAGAGGGAUAUUCAGGGCCUGACCGGAUCACAAAGUCCUCAUGCUCUACCUCUGUGGCUUCUCCGCGUAGCAUACCGGAGUUGUACGAAGCAAAAGCUCACAAUUUGAGAGUCUUCUCUUUCUCAGAGCUUAAGCAAGCCACUCGUGAUUUCAAUUUGCUACAUAAGAUUGGCGAAGGCGGCUUUGGAAGCGUCUAUAAAGGUACAAUCGGGCCUGCUGGUGGAAAGGGUGAGCCUUUCGAGGUUGCUAUUAAAAAGCUUAACAAGAAUGGUUUGCAGGGGCAUAAGCAAUGGGUGGCGGAAGUUCAAUUUCUGGGUGUUGUUGAGCACCCCAAUCUUGUCAAACUCAUCGGAUACUGUGCGGUGGAUGGAGAAAGAGGGAUCCAAUGUCUACUGGUGUAUGAGUUUAUGCAAAAUAAGAGCUUAGAAGAUCAUCUUUUCCGACGGGCAUUCUCACCUCUUCCUUGGAAAACAAGAUUACAAAUAAUACUGGGAGCUGCUCAAGGAUUAGCAUACCUGCACGAGGGAUUAGAAGUUCAGAUCAUAUAUCGAGACUUCAAAGCCUCCAAUGUGUUAUUGGAUGAGAAGUUGAAUCCGAAGCUUUCAGACUUUGGACUGGCAAGGGAGGGGCCAAUGGCUGGGCGUACGCAUGUUUCAACAGCCGUAGUUGGGACAUACGGUUAUGCUGCUCCUGAUUACAUUGAGACAGGACAUCUAACCGAUAAGAGUGAUGUAUGGAGUUUCGGUGUGGUAUUAUAUGAGAUGCUUUCAGGCAGGCGGUCAUUAGAAAGAGGCCGCCCAAAAGCAGAGCAGAAACUCUUGGAUUGGGUGAAACAAUUCCCCCCCGACAGUAAAAAGUUCAGCUUAAUAAUGGAUCCUCGACUUGAGAACCAGUAUUCAAUUAGUGCUGCUCGAGAAAUUGCGAAGUUAGCAGAUACGUGUUUAUUAAAAAGUCCAAAGCAGCGGCCCAAGAUGAGUGAGGUGGUGGAGAGAGUGAAGCGGAUAAUCCAAGUUUCAGGGGAAGGAAGCGCCGAAGAAAUGGAGAGUCAUCCCGAGGCAUCUGAAUCUGAAAUAAAAGCAGAAGCAGGUGAAACAGAAACGGAUCAUCAAGAGAGAGUAUCGGAAACAUGGAAGCGGCGGAUGGCACACCUUGCGAAAUUGGGGGAGCAUGUGGAAGGUGCAAGUAGGAGGAGAUUGAUGAUGUUGCAAAGGGCCAGAGUGCCUGCCCUCCAUUAGUGUAGUCAGUAGUGGGCUACUAGUGGAUGUUAGCCAUAGCGGCAGUGAUUGUUAAUUAAGGAAACAUUUGAUUAGUGGGUGGAGAGUGGCGUGAUAGUGAGCAGGACAAACUGAAUAUGAAUAUGAUGGUUUCUUUAGUUUAAAACGCCAAUGAUCAUCACUAUAUAAUAUCAA